AUGAGCAUUGCAACACAAACUAAUUAUUUGGAUUCAUUAACAAUGGGAAAUAAUAAUUCUAGGAUUAAGGCAAAUUCACGCAAAAAUACGACAUGGUUUGAUUCGACAUAUGAACACAUUCAACGUGUAUAUCUACAAUUUCUGUUAAUGACGACACUAUAUGUAAUGGAACCAUGGGAACGGGUGCUUAUAAUCAGUAUUUUUCUCUGCAUCAUCGCGCUUAUUACAUAUUCGGCUAUUGUCUAUAUUCCAUUUCAUAUUCAUUAUCUUCUACAAUCGACAAUGCCACGUAUUUCUACUGUAUUAAUACGAUAA